ACAAACAGCGAUUUUUACGAUUAAAAAUAUAUUUAACUAGAUUUUUCAGGCAUUAAGUACAAUAUUAUUAUUGACUAACACUGUUAAAUGAAAACUUCAAAUAAUGGCAUCAUCUAAUACUUUACAAAAAGCCAUUGAUCUUGUUACGAAAGCUACAGAAGAAGAUAAAAACAAAAAUUAUGAAGAAGCAUUGCGAUUGUACGAGCAUGGUGUGGAAUAUUUUCUUCAUGCUGUAAAAUAUGAGGCGCAAGGAGAAAGAGCUAAAGAAAGCAUCCGUGCAAAGUGCCUGCAGUAUUUAGAUAGAGCUGAAAAACUCAAAGAAUAUCUCAAGAAAGACCGUAAAAAGAAACCAGUAAAAGAUGGUGAAUCCAAUUCAAAAAGUGAAGAUAAAAAGAGUGACAGUGACAGUGAUUCAGAUGACCCUGAGAAAAAGAAAUUGCAGGGUAAGUUAGAGGGUGCUAUUGUUGUUGAAAAACCCCAUGUAAAAUGGAGUGACGUAGCUGGUCUUGAAGCUGCUAAAGAAGCAUUGAAGGAAGCUGUCAUUCUACCUAUCAAAUUCCCUCAUUUGUUUACUGGCAAAAGAAUACCGUGGAAGGGAAUUCUUCUGUUUGGGCCACCUGGUACUGGUAAGUCAUAUUUAGCUAAAGCAGUGGCCACUGAAGCUAAUAAUUCAACCUUCUUUUCUGUAUCUUCAUCUGAUCUUGUAUCCAAGUGGCUUGGUGAAUCUGAGAAACUUGUCAAAAACUUGUUUGAAUUGGCCAGACAGCACAAACCAAGUAUAAUAUUCAUUGAUGAAGUUGAUUCCUUGUGUUCUUCUCGAUCAGACAAUGAGUCUGAAUCUGCCAGAAGGAUCAAAACAGAGUUUCUAGUUCAAAUGCAGGGUGUUGGCAAUGAUAUGGAUGGUAUUUUAGUGCUGGGAGCAACUAACAUACCUUGGGUACUUGAUGCUGCCAUCAGAAGGCGUUUUGAGAAACGUAUUUACAUAGCUCUACCUGAAGAGCAUGCUCGUCUUGAUAUGUUUAAGCUACAUUUGGGGAACACACGGCAUAUAUUAACUGAACAAGAUAUGAAGGUACUGGCAUCAAAGACAGAUGGAUAUUCCGGUGCUGAUAUCAGUAUUGUGGUACGUGAUGCUCUAAUGCAACCUGUACGUAAAGUACAGUCAGCUACUCACUUCAAGAAGAUUUCAGGACCGAGCCCCACAAAUCCUGAUGUGAUUGUGAACGAUCUUCUGACACCCUGUUCUCCUGGUGACCCUGGAGCUAUCGAAAUGACCUGGAUGGAUGUACCUAGUGAUAAAUUGGGUGAGCCACCAGUAACUAUGUCUGAUAUGCUGCGAUCAUUGGCUACAUCUAAACCUACCGUUAAUGAUGAAGAUAUGACUAAACUCAAGAAGUUCAUGGAAGAUUUUGGUCAAGAAGGGUAAAUAAAUAUAAAUUCGAAUUUUGGAUUAUAAAUAAUAUUCUAUAGCUGCU